AAGCUGAACCGGAACUUAUUUCAAACACGGGCAGUUUCAGUAUUCCAAUACGGAAACAUGGACUGAAAUUCGUGUAAUGCUUUGGUCGUGGUAUGUUUAUUCGUUUGACUAUAAAGUAAUUACUGGUAUUUUCAAUUGUCGAACGAUAAUGCGCAAUGAUUGUGUACUUUAGCCCGCGAUGAUCUGUGCAUUUGUAAGAAUUGAUUCUCCUCCUUCCGUGAUUCUGCGCUCAUUUCCAGCAAAGCCACCUAGUUUUUGGUUAAAUUGAUAAUCUUGCGACCAAAAGAUGAGCACAGGCCAUUUAAGGACUGUGGUCCAACUUCUCAGAGAUAUGGUUCCUACCAUUACGAGUGGGAUGUUUCUGAUCACCCUCACCUCAUGUGCAGUGUUUGGCCUCCAAACUUACUUGGACUCCUCUCAGGGGAGCCUCAGUGUCGGGGCGAGUGUUUUUGAGAAAGGGCAUGUGCACACACUCUUUGCGUACCCUUUCUACCACAGAAGCCUCACUCAGCUGCUCCUUAGCAUCUGCACCAUGGUGUUCCUUAGUGGCAGUUUGGAGAAAGGCUUUGGCACAGUUCGCUUCCUUUUUGUGUGUAUUCUGAUGUCCACCGUGACAGGCUUGUUGUACGCCCUCCUGGAUCUUCUGCAGGAGAGCAAUGGCAAAGGGCCAACGGAGGGGUUGGUACCUGUGGCCCUUGCAUGCGUGGCUCUCACCACCACGCACACAAAAAUGACCAAAGCGUUCCUCUGUGGAGUCAGUUUCCCCACCAUGGCUCUCCCGUGGGUAUUUGUCCUCCUCACCAGCGUCCUCAUUCCUCACACGGUGCUUCCCUGCAGCAUCAUCUCCACUCUCAUCGGAUGGAUGCACGGAAGAGGAUGGUUCUCUUUCGUUGACAUCUCAGAGGCCAAGGCAGGCCUUGUGGAGAAGACGCCACCUUUCCGCUUCCUGAGGAGCAUCAGCAUGGUGGCGUUUGUCCCAGCUUCCACCGAGGACAGGCAGAAAACACUCCUCCCUCAAAUCAACCCAACACCUGGAUCCUACCCAGUGCAGGCGUAUGCGCCAGCAUCAAGCACAUACAUUGCUGUUGGUGGCUCAGCCAAGAUAUAUGAAGGUUGGUCGACAAAUGCCACUGCAGCAUCUGGACCCGCACCCUUCUCUAACCCUCAUGCCUCCGAAGCGGGCGGCGGUGGAACAAGUCAUGGACAUAGCUGCGCACACGGCCAUCACACUCACAGUCACGGCCAUCCAUAGUUGACUUUUGUUUUACACUGUAAACAUGCGUAUGAAUAAUUGUAGCCUAUUUUAAUGAUAUGUGACAAGGAUGGUGAAUUUUUUUUAAUUAAAGAAUCAUCAGUGCAAAAAUUCAUUCAGGGUUUCCCUCCCAGCUUUAACACCCUGCGGUUUCAACAAUGAUGCAUCUUUUGCAAAUUUGGAAUUACCGAUUCUACAAAUGUCAAAAUUGUAUAUAACCUCAAAUACAUCAAUGAUGCAAUGUUGGAGAAAGUAUAUCGGCAUGUGUAAUAUUCAAAUGUGUAUUUGUACGUGUGACAUUUAGCUUUUGAAUGAGAAAGUUUAAAUCAUUGAUCAAGACAGAACACUUCAAGCGCUUUGGUUUAAUUGACUAGCAAAGACCUCACUUUGUGUCACAAGAUCAGUGAACUACAUUUUUACA